CGCGUUUUGACUUUUUACUGGACAGGGACGACCAGAGUUUUUCCACCGUCCAACCAAUCCAGCGCAGAGAGCAGCAUCACAAUCACACACAGUCAACCAGCCAUCAAUCAGUCAGUCAGUCGUCCAGAAGUUCAGAAGUGCUUUUUCUCUUCUCUAUCGUGUCGUGAUUACGUUUUCGUUCCGUGUUAUCGCGGUGGUGUGGUGUGUCCAAUUCCAUUUGGCCAGGGUUUUCCCUAUACGAAGCUGUGGGCCACCGAAAUACCUGGUGUGCGAAGAUAUUCGUGUUUAUCGGAUGUAGCUAAUCCAAGAAAAAAAGAGUGUUUAUAUAGGGGAACUUUCUGUGUGCGUUGUGUCAGCCAGCAGAAAAAGAAACUCGAGCAAUUUUUUUUUCGUUCGGCGAUAAGGAAAAGGGCAGAAAAGGCAGUUAUCAUCGAGCAGUGAGUCAUCCUUGUUAUCCGGAGGAUUUCGUGGACAUCCGUGAAUGCAGCUUUGCGCAAUUAUUAUCAUUCGUUUGUUGGUGGGGUGAAAAUCGAAAUGUUGUGGCGUAGCAAAAAUAAUUGAACAGCAAAACUGGUGCUCGGAAAGUGGGUGCUCUACGUUUAAGAAAAAGAAAAGAGGUGGAGGUGGUGGAGUACCUAGUUGGGGGAUUUUCGCGUUCGGGAAACGAAAGAAAGAAGGUCGAUCGGAAAGAAGCAAAUAAACCAGUGGAAAAAGAGAAACACUGUUCAGGCAUACAGGCAAACAGAUAAAAGAGGAACGGGAGCAGAAAAGCAGAAGCACGAACAACAAAUCAAGAAACAUUUUUGCCUUAAGUGCGACGCCGUUACGUUAAAGGGAAGCUAUCUCCGGGGGGAGGGUUUCUUUGGAUCAGCGUAGGAAGCGAGCCAAAAAGGGAAGCAAUGAAAAAGUUUAUCUCCAAGUUUGAAAACAAGAAUGAGGCAACGCCAAGCAAGGAAACGAACAGUUUCGUGGGGAAAACGUUCAAACUGAGCCGGGACAAUGUGGUGACGGUGGAGGAAGUGCUGGCCGAGGGCGGCUUUGCGGUGGUGUUUCUAGUCAAGGGCCACAAUGGCCAAAGGUACGCCCUGAAGCGGCUGUAUGUGAACAAUGAGCACGACUUGGGCGUCUGCAGCCGGGAGAUUAAGAUAGCCAGUAAUCUGAGCGGCCACAAGAACAUCAUCGGAUACAUUGACCAUAGCAUAAACCCCAAGGGCAAUGGAGUGCACGAAAUUCUGCUGCUGAUGCCUUAUUGCAAAACGAAUCUGCUUACACUGAUGAAUGCCAGGAUUCCAACCGGGUUCAACGAGCAGGACGUUCUGCAGAUAUUCUGCGAUGUGGCAGAGGCCGUUGCCCGGUUACAUCAAUGCCAAACGCCGAUCAUUCAUCGAGAUUUGAAAGUGGAAAACAUCCUCCAAAACGACAUAGGAAAUUUUGUGCUGUGUGAUUUUGGGUCGGCGACCGCUCGGGUACUGAACCCUAAUACCCACGGGAGGACGCUGGUCGAAGAGGAGAUACAAAAAUACACCACGCUCUCUUACAGGGCUCCGGAGAUGAUUGAUCUCUUCUCGGGACAGGAUAUAACCGUGAAGGCGGAUAUAUGGGCCCUCGGGUGUCUUCUCUACAAGUUGUGCUUUUUCACGCUGCCUUUUGGGGAAAGCGCUCUUGCUAUCCAAAGCGGACAUUUCAGUAUUCCAGACAACUCCAAAUAUUCCCGGGAAAUCCAUCAACUCAUUCGGUACAUGUUGGAACCGGACAUCGAGAAACGUCCCAACAUCUAUCAGGUGUGCGAAGUAGCAUUUAAAAUUGCCGGGAAGACCAACCCGGUGCGGAACCUAACGAAAUCUACGGUUCCUGGGUUAGAAUUUCUGAUCGUUCCACCAUACGAGAGCGAAACGAAACGCGUUCCAUCGGCCACGAGCUCCAACGUAAAAGCAACGAAACAAACAGCUGCCUCUGCUCUGGAAGGUGGCACAUCCGUGGCUCCACGGCAGAGACCCAAGGCCUCCCAAUCGGCGAACAAUAGUUUUUCUCUGGGACUCCCUUUAAAUCCUUCACCCAAGAAUAUCCUUUCGUCGCCAACUCCUGGUGCAGCUCCGUCGAUUCCCCUCGACCAACCAGGCCCUGCUGUGGCCCCUCAAGCGGAACCAUUCGUGGCCAAAUUCAGCGCCAAUUUCCCUCCACCACCAACGCAGGAAAUCCCCAACAGUAAUCUGUUUCAAUCAACCUAUCCGGACCCGUUCCGAGAAGCGGAUGUCCUCCAAGAAGCCGGAUCGUCCCACUCAGUAGUACACCCAGAAGCAAGCGUUCCAACGUGCGAUUCCUCAGCGUCUUCGUCCGUUCUGCAUUCCCCUAGUCACGCCUCGGCCUCAUCUCAAUCAGGAACGCCACACGGUACCGGAAGUGGCACCAGUGUAGCUGGCUCUUUGCUCCCUUCCAAGCAACCCAUCGUUGGCCAUCGGCGCAACAUGAGCGACACGUCGGCAUUCAACAAAGCCUACACCACAGAAACCUCUCAGUUUCUGGCACCAUACGAUGUAUCAUCCAACAACUACCAGCCGCCGCAGAACACGCUCGGAAGUAACGGUUCCGAGCAGAACCUCCAUUCCAUUCCGGCCACUUUCGAUUCACGCUCCUCGAAUCCUCAGCUGAACCCAACCGGUACUCAACAGCAACCGUGGAAUCCGUUCGGUGAUCCCACCCCUUUCAGUCAAAUGACCGAAGACCACAUCUUCGGCGAGGAGUUCGAUAAAAUACGACAACAAGGCUCCCAAGGCAGUCUGAAGACUCCGCCGGAAUCAACCUCUCGGCAUCCCUCACUACCCCAAGUGCAACCUAUCCUUAACCAACCAAUUCAAUCUCUUCCCCUUCAGUCUCAAUUCUCCCCGGAGAACAUUCCCCCGGAUACUCCGGAAGACGAUCCCUUCAGCUCGGCGCCGUUUUCCCUACCCGUCCGGGACAAGAACCGCUCGAUCAAGCUCGGUUCCAAGCGGGUGAUCGUCAUCGACGGUGGUUUUUCCACUCAACUGGCCACUCAUGUCGGUCAGGCCGUCGAUAAAGAUCCCUUGUGGAGCUCGCGCUACAACGCCACGAACCGCGGAGCUGUCCUAGCCACCCAUCUGGAUUUCCUACGAGCAGGCGCGGAUUGUAUCCUCACCAACACCUACCAAGCCUCGAUCGAAGGUUUCAUGGAUUUCCUCGAUCUCAGCGAAGAGGACAGUCUCAAACUGAUUAAAUCUACGGUAGAACUUGCAAAACUGGCGCGAACCCAGUACCUUGAGGAAAAACGGGACAACAAGUCCCACAAAAUUCCAUGGGUAGUGGGUUCCAUUGGCCCCUACGGAGCACACCUCCACGACGGAUCGGAAUACACAGGAAGUUACGCGGAUACGGUUCCGUUCGCACGGAUUCAAAACUGGCACCGGCAGCGGAUCAAUGCAGUCAUCGAAGCAGGAGUCGAUGCAUUGGCCAUUGAAACCAUUCCCUGUCGGAUGGAAGCGGACGCGCUGCUCGAAUUGAUGACCGCCGAGCACCCAACGGUGCGGUUUUGGAUUUCCUUCCAGUGUAAGGAUGGGGCCACAUUGGCGCAUGGUGAAAGUUUCGCCGAAACGGCCGUUGGACUGUGGACAAAGGCGCGCGCUCUGAAAAACCCCAAUCUGAUGGCGGUGGGAGUGAACUGUGUCCACCCUCAAUUCGCCGUUCAAUUGCUGAAAGCCGUCAACGAACGGAGGCCUGACGAGGACAAGAUACCGUUGAUAGUGUAUCCCAACUCGGGCGAAGUAUGGAGUGCGGGGUCGUGGACCGGACAGGAGGACUGCAUUCCCCUGGAGACGUACGUGCCGCAGUGGAUCGAUCUGGGCGCGAAGUUCGUCGGGGGAUGCUGCCGAACCAAUGCGCGGGAUAUCAAGCGCAUCAAGAAAACGGUGCUCAACCUGUACGGAGGUGGUCGGAGUGCAUAGGAGCAGGAGACCGAUGACACCGAGGAAGCUGCUGGCAAGCUAUGAUCGGAUGGUCGUCUGUUUUCCUGUUGAAGCGCUAAUGUAUUAACGACCGACAAUACCACAAACACGAGCAACGCAGCUGCUGUAAUCUGCCUGAGCAAUGUUAAUGAAGGAAGAUCUACUAAACACUGGAAGCAUUACACCAAUAGGAAUUAUAUCUAGAAGGUACCACUUCGAUUGACCUUUACUUCACGAUGCUAGUUAUUACUCAACGGUAGUACACUAAAAAUGAGUACGUACCUUCUACCGCUAUUCACCACCACCAGAGCAAAAAUGUGUGUAGUUUAUCACAAAUCAAUAGCAGUGCACAGGCCAGAAUGGCACACCUUCGGCAUUGACGAUGCGCAUAUGGACAGCCUAAACAAAGUUGGAGAAUCCUAGUUUGAUAAGAUUAGAUUCACAUUGUUACAUCACAAAACGUGACGAUUGGCACAAUGUGAAUUGAACCUUGGGGCGCGAUGUAAGCCACGUCAUGUGUGAUUGUAGAGCAUUCAAUAGAUAUAUUUUUUUCAGGAAUGAAAAAAUCACUCGUAAAUCUGUAGUGUAAAUAUGCUUAUAAACAUACAUUAUGAAUUCCAAAAGCAGAAGUAAACCAUAUAUUUACACAUUUGUUGUUCCUGUUUUAUGCCACUUUUGCGCUCUAUAACUUCAAAUUGUUAGCAAAUUAAAAUAUUCAUAAAAAAAGUCCAUGAAAUUACAAUGUACACCCUGCACAGGGUCAUAUCACUAUAAUUGUCACCAACAUAACGCCAAUAUAUUUAAUAGCAUUUUUUUAUUUCGAUUUCAUUGACAAAACACAUCUUUCAGGACUUACUUUUCUAUAAUGUAUUUGUAAGACGAAUAAUUCUCUUAACAAUCAAGAUUGUCAAAAAUAAUGUAUUAAACAGUUUGUUUUCUCGAUGUCUUAUUUCAGUUUAUUUCUAUUCACUAACUUACACACAUGGACAGAUGAAAGAUUUGCCGUCAGGCAGGAUUACGUGGAGGCACUUUUUAAA